AUGGCUAACAGUUUCUACAAAAUCUUUUUGCUCAUUUUCUUUUGCUUUUGGGCUUCUAUUGAUGCAGCAACGGACACAUUCAUGCAAGGUGAUAUGCUCAAUUCUUCCGUUCCUCUUGUUUCAAGAAACGGGAAAUUCACCUUGAGCUUUUUCCGUAGCCCUCAACGUUCCGGGAACGGGUGUUAUAACAAAACUGGUUCACUACUCAUAAAACACAAUAGUGGGGAUUCUAUCAAGCUAUUUUCAGGCCAAUCUAGAACCAAUUUAACUGCUGUUUUGCAAGAUGAUGGAAACUUCGUAUUGAAAGAAACAAACACUGAUGGGACUGCGAAUUCCGAACCGCCCUUGUGGCAAAGUUUUGAUCUUCCGACGAAUUCUCUCUUGCCGGGAAUGAAACUGGGGAUCAACGACAAGACUGGUCAGAACUGGUCACUUACAUCAUGGCUAAGUUAUUCUCUACCGACUCCAGGGGCUUUCACUCUGGAAUGGUAUCCUUUAGAAGAAGAAUUGAUUGUUAAGCGGCGAGGUGUGGAUUUUUGGACUAGUGGGACAUUUUUUUGCUCUUCAUUUGAAAACAUUGAAGUGUUCACACCAACAGCAAAUUAUUUCUUUCGCAAGUAUUCAGACCAAGAUGAGAAAUACCUUAACUACACAGCUACUCCAUGUUACGAGGUGGAUGGAAACAGUGUUACAAGUUUGUGGUUGAUGAGUGAUGGAUCCUUGGUGGAUACAUUGACUCAUAAAUAUCUUUUUGUGUCUUUCUUAUGCGACGGAAACACCACAGAUUUUGGUUGUAAGAGAUGGGAAGAUCUAUCUUGCAGGUAUGGUCAAAAGUUGGAAAGAAGGGCGAUUUCUAACAACGAUCCUCAAAUUAUUCGUGUAUUUGACAACAGGACAAAUCUGAGCUUAAGUGACUGCAAGGACAUGUGCUGGAAAAAUUGUACUUGUGUUGGAGUUCAAGAAAAAGGCCCUAAUCCUGAUGGGACAGGCUGCACGUUUCUCUCUGGACCUUUGAAGGAAAUGAAGAAUGGAGGAAGCAAUCUAACUAUCCCUAAUCCUGAUGAAGCAUUUUACAUCAUCAGUCCAGCCCCUUCAGAGAAGCAGUCAAUAUGGAAGUGGAUAUUGAUUUCAGUUGCUGCAGCAGCAGCAUUAGUUGUGAUAUUCUUCUCGGGAUUUUUUCUUUUUAUAAGAUGGAGAAGACUUUGUCUUGAAGAAAAGUUCCUGAUUGAAUUAAUGAGUGAAGCUAAGGAGCUUGAAAUCGAUGGCAAGAAAGGUGUCAACUUAAAAGUGUACUGUUUUUCAUCCAUCAUGGACGCUACAAAUAGCUUCUCAUCUGAAAACAAACUUGGAGAGGGUGGCUUUGGGCCUGUUUACAAGGGUUUAUUGCCUGAUGGACAAGAGAUAGCAAUAAAGAGGCUCUCAGGAAGAUCCAGACAAGGGCUUGUGGAGUUCAAGAAUGAGCUGAUAAUAGUAACUAAAUUACAACACACGACUCUGGUGCGGCUCUUGGGUUUCUGCAUUCAAGGGGAAGAGAAAAUAUUAGUCUAUGAAUACAUGCCAAAUAAAAGCUUGGACUCGUAUAUUUUCGAUUCUAAAAGGGAGCUGUUUGAUUGGGACAAAUGUUUUAACAUCAUUGAAGAAAUUGCUCAAGGAUUGCUUUAUCUCCAUAAGUACUCAAGACUAACAAUAAUUCAUAGAGAUUUGAAAUCUGGCAAUAUAUUAUUAGACAAAAACAUGAAUCCCAAGAUAUCUGAUUUCGGUAUGGCAAAGAUUUUUGCCACAACUGAAUCUGAUGCAAAUACAAAUAGAAUCGUCGGAACAUGGGGUUAUAUGGCUCCUGAAUAUGCUAGAGAUGGCAUCUUCUCUACGAAAUCUGAUAUCUUCAGUUUUGGAGUUUUAGUGUUGGAGAUCAUAAGUGGUAGGAGGAGUAACAGCAUUUUUUAUUUGGAUCAGCCGCUCAAUCUCGUUGGAUAUGCCUGGGAAUUGUGGAGAGAAGGUGCAGUGUUAGAACUAGUGCAUCCAACAUUACGUGAUUCAUGUUUUGAAGACCCAGUUUUGAGAUGCAUUAAUGUGGCCUUGCUUUGUGUAGAGCGCAAUCCUGUGGACAGGCCCUCUAUGUCAGCUGUUAUUUGUAUGUUAGGAAGUGAUGUUGUAAAAUUAACAAAGCCAAAGCAACCAGCAUUUUCCACUGAAAGAAUACCCGUUGAUCAAGACAAUUCCAAAGAAAUUAAGGCAGAAAAUUGUACAAUAAAUAACUUAACCAUAUCUGUGUUAGAUCCACGAUAA